ACCAACCCCUCCACCACGACCACGAUCCCUACGACGACCCCCACAACUGUGUCUCCAGGAGUCGUCCAGGGAACCGUUGCCGCGCUGAUCGCCGUCCUCGUGUCAGUCCCCAUCGUCGCUGCAAUCGUCGGGCAAGGAGGGCAAGGGAGCCAGGCUCAGUCGUCACAGCAAUCCAUGCAACUGCCGCCUGCACAAAUGCAACCUCCACCACCACUACCACCACCUCUACCUCCACCUCCACCACCACCUCCACCUCCUCCUGUCCCUCUUCCUCUACCAAUAUUUGCAGUCUCUCCUCUCUGCCUCCACCCGCGGUUCCUCCUACUCCUGUUCCUCCGCCAUCCUUCAACGGAGCUGCAGCGAAAGCUCUGGUGCCCAACUGUGACUCCAAUGGGUACUUGCAAGUUGCAACUCAAUUGCAGACUCUUGCUGCAGGACACACAGGGAGACCUGUGGACCCUGCAGUGUUCGCGCUCGUGGAGACAGUUGCUUACUGUAAGCAUGGCUCAGCACAGGAUGUUCCUCCUUCCUCUCUCGACAUAAUCAGCGGAGGAGGGCCUGGCAUGCUUCAUCCCCCUGAUAAUUAUCCAGGUCUUAGUUAUCCAGGAUUGUUUCUCCAUGGCAACACGACAGUCAGUGGUCACCCAACAGUUCGCCCUCUCCAACAAGCAACAUCACCCUCUGGUGCCACGGGCGUCCUAGAAGCUCCUGUCGAGGAACCUUCAGCAGGGACGACGGAAGCAAUGUUGAUUUCUGCAGAUGUCACACGUGUUCCUCCCGUGGAGACAGUAGAUAAUGAAGAAGAGGAAGAGGAAGAGAAAGACUACGAUUAUAUCAACGGCGACGACAAGAGCCCGACAAGGGUGCCGGAGGGGAAUGACCGCAACAGGUUCUUCUGCGGAGGUGCCCUAAUCACUCCCAGACACAUCCUCACCGCCGCCCACUGCGUCGCCCUCGUGAGGCCCGAAGUGAUCCGACUGGGCGAGCGGGACUUCACGCGGAACACCGAGUCGCAGGCCUUCGACUACCCGGUACAGAGAGUCGUCAUUCACCCGCAAUACAACCUCCUCUUCAACUACUUCGAUAUCGCUGUGAUUGAACUUAGAAAUGAGGUGAGGUUCACUGCCCUUGUGCAGCCUUACUGCCUGCCUGGCUCCACGUUGAUGCUAGAUGGUCGCACUUGCACCGUCUCUGGCUGGGGGACGCGACCCAAUGAGUUUGCUGCAACGCUGCUCACGAGCCUGGAAGUCGAUGUGAAGCCCCUGGAGGAGUGUAAUGCCCUGUAUGCCGAGGCGGGGAGUGUCUUCAAGACCAGCUACCCGCACGGGCUGGACGCCACUCUGCUCUGCGCCGGUGGGGGUACCGGCAAGGAUGCGUGCAGGGGCGACUCAGGCGGACCGCUGGUGCUGGGCGGGGAUGGGCGCGAGAUGGAUGUCGGUGUAGUGAGCGCAGGGCUCGGCUGUGGCGACCCUCGGUUCCCCGGAAUCUACACCCGCGUCGAUGCCUUCCUUGACUGGUUGGAUCUCACGGUGUAUGGCGUGUGCGCCCGGGCGUCCUUCUCGGCACUGCAAGGAGGGGCGGCCGCAGGGAACGGCACGGAGGGUGGGGUGACUGCAGCACUCUAACGCUGAAGACAUGGUAAGGAGCUGCUCCUCAAACGAAAGAGGAAAAGCAGUUCCCCAUUGUUAGCAGAAGGUAUUAUCUGUAGCUUCCUGAAAAAGCAGGAAGACACAAGCCUUUGUAGUACUUUUGGAAAUAUAUUGGAUUUCAUAUUA